CUGCGCUCUCUCCCUCCUGCAGGCUGCGCUCAUACACACACACACACACAAACCAAUAGGAUACUGGACACUCAUUCACAUACUCUAUACCUACAACAGCUGCACACACACACACACACCAACACACACUAUUAUACACACACUCUUUAAGUUUAUAUCAGAGGCAGUUGCUGACACUCACUUUACGCAGACUUAUUUCUUCUUUACAAUUCUCACGCAGAAAAAUGAGGACAAUUGUGCUUUGCAUCUGUGCCAGUCUCCUGCUUACAGCCACCCUGGUGCCGCGCACCAGCCGGGCAGCGGACUUCCCCGUCACCUCACACCAAAAAUGGGAUGCUAGAGGACCUUACACUUUCGGAUCUGAAUCUAGUACCCCCACCUCCUGCCCCAUUAAACUGAGACCCUCGGGCCAGUGCGGGGCAGAGGAGGGGGAGGACUGCCCGUACCAGCUCACCUUACCUCCUCUCACCAUCCAUCUACCCAAGCAGUUCAGGCUGCUGGAGAAGACGAUGAAGGAGCUGCAGAGUCUGAAGGAGGUGGUGAACAAGCUGAAGAGUGGGUGCCAGGAGUGCCGUGGGGCACGAGGCAAUGGAGCUUUUGGGCAUCAGCAAGCUGACCAAGGACAGAGGGAUGGUGUGGAGGGAAUUAGAUUGGACCUGACAGGACAGGAAGUGCAAAGUGCAUCUAGCCAAGAGGAGCGGGGAGAUGGGAUGGUCCCUGGAGCUACUGUGGACGGUACUGGACUGGGACAAGGUUCUAUUUUUGGGAAAAUUACACCAAGCCCAAGCACUGUGCAGGAGAUGCAGGUGAAGCUGAAUAGGAUGUCAGCCAGCCUGCGCAAUGCCAGGAGCCAGAUCUCGGCUCUGCAGGGUCGUCUGGAGGGGCUCAACCUGCUCAACAUGGACAACGUGCAGGCUAUGGUGGACAGACGAGUGGAGAACAUCACUGGAGUGGUCAACAAGCUCAGGUCCACCUGCACCACCCAGUGUGCAGUACAGAAUACCCCUCAGUUCAUCUUAGCCCCUCGGGACUGUUCAGACUACAAUGUGCUGGAGACAAGGAAGAACGGUGUGUAUCGUGUGACUCCUGAUCCCCGCAACGGGACUUUUGAGGUCUACUGUGACAUGGAGUCCUUUGGAGGAGGCUGGACUGUAAUACAGCAACGGCUCAACGGGUCCGUUAGCUUCAACCGCACCUGGGUCGAGUAUAAGAAGGGCUUCGGCAACUUCAGAGGUGAGUUCUGGUUGGGCAAUGAUCAUAUCCACUUGCUGACAAAAUCUAAAGACAUGAUUCUGCGUAUUGAGCUGGAGGACUUUGAGGGUGUCCGAGAAUACGCAAAGUACGACCAGUUCUACGUGGCCAAUGAGUUCCUACGCUACCGGCUGUCUGUCAGUGGAUACAGUGGGACCGCUGGGAACGCCAUCAGUUUCAAUAAGCACUUCAACCAUGACCAGAAAUUCUUCUCCACGCCCGACCGUGACAACGACAUGUACCCCUCCGGAAACUGCGGCGCCUACUACAGCUCUGGCUGGUGGUUUGAUGCCUGCAUGUCUGCCAACCUCAACGGGAAGUACUAUCACAAGAGGUACAAAGGAGUCAGGAACGGGAUCUUCUGGGGAACAUGGCACAACAUGUCAACAGAGUACUACCCUACAAACUACAGGCAGGCCUUCAAAACUGUCAAGAUGAUGAUACGGCCCAAGAACUAUGCUCCUUAAGAGGACAGGUAAUUAUUCAUGAAUAUAGUCAGACGGAUAGACGGAAAGACACAAAUAAAGACAAAUAAAAUGGAAGAACAAGUAGACUCAGAAACUCAUAAACAUGCGCAUAGUCAUGCAUUUGCACACAUUUACACAUGCAUACGUGUACACUGAAACAGACUACAAGCCCUAUAGCCCUAUAGAAGUUUGAAUGCAGUAAUAACAAAAAUAAUUGUGAAAAAAUUUAACUGUGCUAUUACUUUCUUCUACUAUAGUGAGUGUGGCCUUCAAAACGUUGGAUUAAAAUGAUAACAAUAAAGGACGAUGGACUGUGAACGAUGAUGGACUAAUAAAAAAACCACACAUGCAGUGUAAAGGGCAGCCUCCUACAGGGGCCAUAAUAUUAUAUGGAGGGUUACCAUGAGAGAUUUUUCACUUUUUCUCUGACAUUUCUCCACUUUCUGUCCUGCUACCUCCCACUAUAAACCCAGUCAGGACACAGCACAGCACAUAGUAGUAGUAAAAACUAAUGAGCUAUCAUUUCUCUCCACUCCAAAUGGUUUCAUAAUUAACAGCAGCCACUCAAGUGAGGUAUAUGAGAGCUGAUGAUACACUUUUGGGUACGUCUGAAAUUCAUUGAGAAAGACUUCAUCCUGGGGUCAGAGUCAAACUGUUAAAAAAAAAAAAACCUACAACCAGUGAUACACAGCACUCUUUAGGCAGCAGUGAAAAAGUAAUAGCUUCUUUUUCAUUAUUCAAUAACAUUGGGACACUUUGCUAAUGUAUCAUUAUUCUAUACAUUAUAAAACAUCCCAGUAUAAACAUGUAGCCUGAGAUAAAUUUCUAUUGGGUCAUCCCAAGUACAUUCUGCAUUAUGGAUGGUUUUAGUAAAUUCUACUUGACAGGAGCCACAGAGCAGGACAAUGCUGCAAGAAAAAACUUUAAAUAGUUUUUCCACCCAUAGCUGUGGGUGCACUGAACUACUGCGCAUCUCUUGAUGUUGAUGCCAUACACCAGUUUUCAUGUGUAAAAAAAGAAAAGAAAAGAAAAAAAUCCUACCGACUCACCACUUGUACAAUACUGCUGCCUAAUGUUAGAAAACUGUAUAGCAUCAUUUAAUCCAUUUUAUACACACUGUGAAUGGGAAAGAUGGGGAAGGAAAUGUUUGACUUUAAGGAUGUGUACAGUAUUUAUUUUAUUUUGUGAGGUUAUGAUAGCUUUUAUAUAAUACAUAGGUCAUACAGUACAAAGUCUAAUGAUUGUUGACAUUUAAGCAGUGAUAAAGACUGUGCAUUAUUGUGACCAUUCAUAGUAAAUAUGUGUGUAUUUGGAGCUUUGUGUGUGUACAAUAUUGAUCUUUUCUAUCAUUCAUAUUCAACUGUCAUGCCAAAAGAUAUGCAGUUUUUAUAUCAAAAAAAUGAAUAAAGUUCUAACUACAUGGCUGUGUACAUUGCAGUGUUUGGCAGAAUUAAAUCAUAUGGAUGCCUAUUUUCAAAGCAUCUUCUGUAUUGGAAUCACUCUCAAUAAAUGUAUACAAAAAUGUAUACAAGUUUAGCAUGAGUUUACCACGAGUAGAAACUCUGAAGUGUCUGCCGUCUAGUACCCAGGGCUAUAUGACGCCUGUAAUAAUGGAGGGAUGAGGUGCUGCAUGCCCAUCAUAAAUGGGUUAAUGAGAUGUUCAUUCAAUAAAGCAACUCAACAAAAGAAUGAGUUCAUAUCAGCUUCACAGAAGAUAAAUGAUCAAAUUGUGCGUCUGUGACUUUAAUGUCUGUUUACUGUAUGUGACGAUCAAGUUAAUAAAAAGUAUUGUGCUCAUCCA